AUGACUUUCUUUUCAAAUAAUAUCAUAAUAAUAUUUCUUCUUCUUCCAAUUCAAAUCACUUCAAAUCAAUCUCUCGAAUGUUUGCAUUCAAUCGAUAAUUCAAUAAUCGAGCCAUAUCCUUUUAUACAAUUCGACAAAAAUGUGAUGCGAAAUCGAACUGUGGAUAUUGAAAAAGUUGGGCUGGUUAUGAAUCAAACUGUUUAUACAUAUGAGCAAGCUAGGAAGUUUGGAGCACCGGUAAAGAAAUCUGAUUUGAAAAAAAAUAAUGCAAAAAUUAUAGGCAUGUGUGAUCUACACAGCUAUCGAUAAUCCUGAAGUUUUCGUUUGGUUUGGAGCUGUAUCUCAGAGUUUAUUGCCAUUUGAAUGCAAUCAAACAAGUGAGUGGGAAAGAUUUCAGAUUCUGGAGAAAAAUCCGGUUUCAGUCCAGAUUUUCAGCUUGAAUAUGAAAAUGUCAAAAUUUAAUUUUAAAUCUCUAGAAAUUCUCUACAAAAGGAGACCAAACACGAAUUUUGAAAUUUUCAGAUUAUGGCUGAAAAUUCGGGCUAAAAUUGAGAAUCUCAACAAAAAUUAUAAGUUUCGGUCCGGAUUUUCAGCAGAAUCUGAAAAUUUCAGAUUUAAAUUUAGGUUCAUUGAGAACCUCACUUUUACCAACUUCAAAACCAAUUCCCAAAUUUUCAGAAAGUAUGCAAUGCGUCGACGAUGUUCCAUUUUCUCGAUCACCCGUCAAGAAAAACGGCUUUCUCUGCUGUUGUUCUUCUGAUCAAUGCAAUUACCGUAAUCCCGAAUAUUAUGCACAUAUCCGAAAUUUGUAUACACCAAUGACUAUUUCAUUUGCAAGAUUUUGGUUUUGUUUGAUUUUUUUGUGUUUUGGUAUGAUCAUUUUUACUGUGGUCGAAGUUGAAAUUACGAAAAUAUUGAAAAAUCUUCCAUGCUUGUGAGUUACAAUAAUUUCUUUGGUUAAUUAAGAACGAAAGUUAGGAUAACUUUGCCGCUUCUUAAAAAUGUAUUUUUUGCAGUAGAAAGAAAGCCCAAUCGAUUGAGGAAUUCGAAAUGCAUGAAAGAAAUGAAUAUAAUGGCAAUUUUAUAUUUUCACUUGAACAAACUCAAGAUGGAGAAUUAUCAGAAGAAGAAAAAGCUGAAAAGGGUAGUGAAAUGAAGUUGGAAACGGAAAAGAAGACACAAGAAAUCACAGAAUUUGUUGGUGCUCCAGAAGAAGGAAGAGAAAAAUCAAGAUUUAGAAAAUCAAGUGAAACUGCGAAAAUGUCAACUGAUGCAUAUCCAGAAAUGACUACACAGACUCCAAAUAAACCAAUUAAGCCAAGUUUCUUGUUCAAGAAUAAAAAAAAGAAGUUGGCAAAUGAGAAAGUAUCUACUGAAUCAACACAGGAUGAUGAUAUUGUGCCACUUCCACCGAAACCGCAAGUUAGAGUUAUUGGAAAUCGUGUGCAGGGAAUUUCGAUGAAUUAUGAUAAUAGUACUUUUUCGGAUUUGGCAUAA